AUGACUAUGGGCAGGAUCACCUUCUACGAGGAGAGAAACUUUGGCGGUCGCUCCUAUGACUGUAGCAGCGACUGUACCGACCUCACAUCCUACAUGAGCCACUGCUACUCUUGCAGGGUUCACAGUGGCUGUUUCAUGGUCUAUGACCGUGCCAAUUACAUGGGAAGCCAGUAUUUUUUGAGAAGGGGAGAGUACCCUGACUGCAUGAGCAUGGGCAUGAGUGGUUUCUUUAGAUCCUGCCGAAUGAUUCCCAUGUACAGGGGAUCCUACAGAAUGAGGAUCUACGAGAGGGAGAACUUUGGAGGUCAGAUGUACGAGAUGAUGGACGACUGCGACAAUAUCAUGGAUCGCUACCGCAUGUCCAACUGCAUGUCCUGCCACGUGAUGGAUGGCCACUGGCUCAUGUAUGAGCAGCCCCACUAUAGAGGAAGGAUGAUGUACUUCUGGCCUGGGGAGUACAGAAACUUCAGCAACAUGGGAUGGGGAAGUGGCAUGAGGUUCAUGUCUAUGAGACGUAUUAUGGAUUCUUGGUACUGAAAUAAAUAUGUUACUAUAUGACCAGAAAAAAACAGUGAAAUUGUCUUAUUAAUAAUUAUAUAAACUCACAUCAAUAACAAAUGGCAGUGCAUUCAUAAUAAUAAAAUUACACAAACACACAAAAAUAAUUGUAACGCUGUGCCUGUACAAAGAGAAGUUGAAAAUCAAUUUUCCAGUUUGAAAGCAAAAAUUGUAAACCUAUUCUAUUGUAGAAUUGCUUUUUGGAUCACUACAAUAUAUUAGUGUGAUCAGAGCUAGUCUUAUGUAAUAAGUGACAUAAGCAGCUGCCUGGGUGCCCCCUCACAAAUGAUCUGCCUUGCAAGUGAGCUGCUUUUUCCAUUAGUGCGAAUAGGUGAAUACUAACUAUGUCACAAAAAUGAAUGUAUAGUACCUGUUAGCGGGGGACAAGUAAAAGAGAAUAAAAAAAUGAAAGCUACAAGCUUUAGGUCAUUUUUUGGAUUUUAAUUGCA